AUGAAUGCACGCGCUCACAAAGCAUUUAUGCUGAAUUUUUUUCUGGACGAGGGUCUGGGCCCCCAAUUGGCCGAGGCAGUACGGCUAGUUACGUCUGAGAGUACAUUAAAUGUCCUGAGUACAGCCACUGGGGGCGAAGAUAAACAUAUACGCUCCAUGCCACGAUAUCAGGAUGAUCAGUUCAAGGAACAAUUCCGCAUGCAGCGCAGCAGCUUUGAGAAGCUGCUCCAGGUCGUUGGCAAAGCUAUAGCCGGUGCGGAACAUCAUCAGCCAAUUGCGCGCGUCUCACUCCCUGAGAAAUUAUUGUACACAUUAACACUUCUAAGUGGCAAAAAAUCAUUCCGCGAGGUGGGCGACAGUUUUGCCAUAUCCAAAAGUUCGGGCCACGAAAUCUUUAAAUGGGUUACCGCCGCCUUUGCUGCGCUAAUGCCGCGCUAUGUGAAGUGGCCGGCGGACAAUGCGUGCGGUGGCAGCGGCAUUAGCCAACUACCAGGUGUUGUGGGCGUCAUCGACGAGUGUCGCAUUCCCCUGAAGCUGCCUGUGCGCGAGGAAGAUGGACAUCUGCAGUACGCGUCGCUGGCCCUGCAAGCGGUGUGUGACGAACGCAGUCGCUUUCUGGAUGUGCACAUCGAUGUGCCCGACAAUCAGUGUGUGUUGCUGAAGAGUGAGCUCUUCGAGCGACUUAUUGACAUGGAGGAGCCGCUGAUGCCGCCGCACAAGCAUCUGGUGGGCGAAAUGAUGUAUCCACUGUUGCUCAAUCUGAUGACACCCUAUGCGGACAACAAUGGGGAAUUGACACCAUGUCACACACGCUACAAUCGGGCUGUGCAUUUGUGGAAUGCGCCCGCGGAACGCGCCUUUGCGGCAUUGAUGUCACGUUUUAGACGCCUGCAAUCGCUAGAUGUAGGCACAUUGGAAGUGGGCAGCAUUGUUGUCUCCGCCACCUGCAUGCUGCAUAAUUUUAUAUUGGAUUGUGGUGAACCCAUUGAAGAUGCUACCUUGGACUUUGAGAUGCUGCCAGAUAAUCAGAACAGCAUCGUGUUCGAGGAGCACGGUCUGGUCAAUUGGGAUCACACAUCAGCGGCGGAAAAGAAACGCGAUGGCCUUGUAGCUGGCUUUAUACAUACGUAGCAUAUAGGCAUUUAUCUAAUGAUUAAUAUUUAAUCAAACUAGUUUGCAUUUUUUUGAAAAAUGUGAAAUCUGGCAACUAUUAAAUUUAGAUUAUCAGUUCAAA